CACAAAACAGUUCUCUUGAAAACAACCUCCCUCUCCACCAAAAACUCCUUUCAGCCAUGAAGUUCACAGCAGCUGCAACACUUCUCAUCGCCACCAUCUCUCCGCUGGUGAGUGCCUACCCCAUCUACAAGGCUGAUGUCGUCAACUGCCGCUCCAGCCCCGGUACGUCUGGUGAAGUUGUCAAGACGUACGCAAAGGAUACUGAGGUCGAAAUUAGCUGCCAGAUCUCCGGCGACACCGUCAAGGGCAACGCCCUCUGGGACAAGACUCAGGAUGGUUGCUAUGUUUCCGACUACUACAUCAAGACCGGAUCUUCUGGAUACGUCUCAGGAAGAUGCAGCGGUGGUUCCACAGGUGGCGGCUCUACCGGUGGCGGCUCCACUGGUGGCGGCAGCACUGACAUGAAGGAUGAUUAUCCUUACAAGAACAACUGCGGUCCCGUCGACAAGUGGAGCUAUUACCAGUGCCAGUGCACAUCGUUUGUCGCCUGGCGCAUCAACUCGCGCCUGGGCAUCAACUUCCACAACCGCUACAAGGGCAAGGCGUGGGGUAACGCGAAUGAGUGGGAUGAUGCGGCCCGUAGUUCUGGUGUUACUGUUAGCAGUACGCCAAAGGUCGGUGCUGUUGCGCAGACCAAUGCUGGGCGGUUCGGCCAUGUUGCUUGGGUUGCAAAGGUUGAUGGCGACAAUGUUGUGGUCGAGGAGUACAACAAGGGCGGAACCGAGCACUACGGCACUCGCACCGUUCCCAAGAGCUCGUUCAACUACAUCUACCUCAACUAAAAUGAUUCUAUAUUUCAUUUUCUGUAAGAUACAUGUCUGUCAAUAUAUAUACGGCAAUAGU